AUGGAGUUUCGUCCCGAGAACCAGCUGCUUCCGAAUCUUAUUGAUCACUAUGCGAGAGUCAAGCCUGAUGCAAUUUACGCUGAGUAUCCGAGGUCGCCUGUGAGCUAUGCCGAGGGUUACCGCCCGAUCACUUAUCGCCAGUUUGCGAAUGUGAUCAAUGGCCUUGCUUCCUGGCUGACAGAGACAUUUGGACCAGGAACUGGAGAGGUCCUUGCGUAUUUCGGCCCCAACGAUGUUCGGUAUCCUGCAUUGGUGCUUGGGGCUGUCAAGGCUGGAUACUGCAUCUUCCUCACGUCUCCCCGAAACAGUAUUGCUGCUCAUGAGAGUCUACUGAAGAGUCUCGAGUGCACAAAAUUUUUAUUCUCAUCGCCACGGCCACCCCCUGUUACCGCCGUGGUUGAUGCAUUGCAAUUGGAGUCUCUCGACGUACCCAGUGUUGAGGAUUUGCUAUCAACAAAACACCCGCAUGUCGAGUACGAUAAAACAUAUCCCGAGGAUGCCGCUGAUAAGAUGGUUGUCGUGCAUACAUCUGGCUCGACUGGUCUUCCAAAACCAGUUGUUUGGUCCCUCGAGACUGCAAACGCCCACAUGCGGAUGGUUGCAUUAAAUUCCGUGGAUGAACAUGAGAACCAGCACAGCUGGUUGAGAGGGAAGAGGCAGUUCCUGACUCUACCACCUUUCCACGCUGCAGGUCUAGCUAGCGUGCUCUUCUUCAACGCCCCACUCGAGUUGACCGUGAUUGUUCCCUCGGGAGGCGGGCUUCCCACAGCCUCUGCCAUGGUUGAAGCGCAUAAAGAGAUUCAGUUUGAGACUGCUCUACUCGUACCGUCAAUCCUCAAUGAGCUCGCAGAGAGCCCCAGGCUAUUGGACUACUGCAGCCAAAACAUGGAGUAUCUCAUGUACGCAGGUGGAGAUCUGCCCCAGCCCAUAGGGGACAGAAUCGCAGCGAAGAUCAAAUUAUCUAACCAGUAUGGUGCAACUGAGAUGGGCUUUUUGAGUUUGAUUCACUCUACGUCUAAUAGGGAUCCUCUGACAGACUGGAGAUGGAUGCAUUUCCAUCCAGAUCUAGGCGUCGAGCUCCGUCAAGUCACGGAAGACGAAUACGAGCUCUGGAUGACUCGCUCGCCAGAGAAAGAAACUCAUCAAUUCGCUUUCGCCGUGUUUCCACAUUUACAAGAGUACUCCACGCGAGACCUCUUCGUCCGACACCCAAACGACACCAAGUCAAAUCUCUGGCGCUGGAGCUCUCGCGCAGAUGAUGUGAUUAUCUUCUUGAAUGGUGAAAAAACGAAUCCCGUUUCCGUGGAGCAGCAUAUUGCUGCUUCAAAUACGGAAGUUACCGGCGUAUUGGUUGGUGGAUUUCAACGAUUCCAAGCAUCGCUGCUGCUGGAAAUCGGGGACAAGGCACUUAACCCCAGCGAACGAGCGGCUGCUAUUGAAAAGAUCUGGCCCAGCAUCGAAGAGGCCAAUAGGGUUUGUCCUACUCAUGCCCGGAUUGCCAAGACACACGUACUGUUUACGACACCUGAGAAACCGAUGCUUCGUGCUGGGAAAGGCACUGUUCAAAGGGCUGGUACUCUGGCGCUCUAUAAAGAGGAGAUAAAUGCGUUGUAUGUGGAUGCGGAUAAGCUGGCCGUGCAGACGGAGAUAGCUGGACCUGGGACGGUUGAUAAUGAGCACCAAGUUUCCAACUUUAUACAAUUGACUCUGGUAUCGAUUACAGGUUGGAACCCUGAGCAAGUUGGUAAGACUGAGAAUUUCUUCAGUCUCGGUCUCGAUUCUCUUCAGGUUAUCACGGCCGCUCGUGCAAUCAAGAAUGGACUUCAUCUUUCGUCCUUUACGCCAAAUCUUAUUUAUCUUCACCCGUCACUGUCUUGCCUUGUGCCGGCUACUUUGCAGCUUAUGAGGGACGAUAGGACCUCGGAAAAGACGUUGAAUGAGGCGUAUCUGCGAGAGAGGGACGAUCUUUUGAAAGAGCUUCAAUCCCAGCUUAACGAUCACCAGCUUGAAACAGUCAUAUUGACUGGUUCAACGGGUAAUCUAGGCACCUACAUGCUGGAUGCCCUUCUGAAAAGCCCAUCCGUUGGACACAUCCAUUGCCUGAACCGGAAGGAGGAUGCUCCAAACAUUCAACGCCAGAAAUUUGACUACUACAACUUGCACACAUCCCUAGAAUCUUCAAGAAUCACAUUCUGGCGCAUAGAUCUUUCCCGGAAAGACCUUGGACUAGCCACUGAGAUCUUGAAACGUCUACAAAACACAGCAACAGUGAUCAUCCACAAUGCCUGGAACGUGAAUUUCAACCUCUCCCUAUCAUCAUUCAAAUCCGACCUAAAAGGCAUGGCAAACCUAAUUAACUUUACAACCACUUCCUCCAAGUCACCCCAUCUAUUCUUCAUAUCAUCCAUCAGCUCAGUGAUGAAUCAUUUCACCGAAACCCGCCUCACACCCGAAACCACAGUAAAAACAUCACAACCAGCACCAAACGGCUAUGCAAACAGCAAAUACCUCGCCGAGCAACUUCUACACCACGCCUCAAAACAACACUCGAUUCGAGCCUCAUUCGCUCGUGUCGGGCAAAUUGCCGGCCCUGUCAAGAUGCCUGGUCUUUGGAAUCAAAGCGAAUGGUUCCCAAGUCUAGUGAUGAGCUCCCUUCAAGUUGGCGCCAUACCGGAAUCUAUGGGCUCUGCGCUAGAUCGCAUUGACUGGGUACCAAUCGACCUGUUAGCAGAGGUCCUGGUGGAUCUCGUACUCAGCCAGCACGAUGAGGGGUGUAAAGUCUACCAUCCACUCAAUCUUUGCCCGACAACAUGGGACCGACUACUCCCAGAUAUUAUCAAUAUUUUGAACAAGUCCUCAGACAAAGAAAUUGAGAAAGUAUGUCUCUUUGAAUGGACCCAGCGAGUCCGUCGGGAUAUCGAGACUGGGUCAGAAUCAAGGGAUCUGCAGGUCCUGUUAGAGAAGAACCCGGCUGCGAAGCUUUUAGAGUUCUUUGAGAGGAUUUCGUCUCUUGGGGAGGAAAAUGUGUUGGAUACCCGGCAAACUGAGAAGAAGAGUAGUAAAUUGAGGAGUAUUCCUGGUGUAAAGAAUGAGUGGCUUGAGAAGUGGAUCGGAGAGUGGAUGGCGCCUGUUUCUUGA